AUGAGCUCAGAGGCAGGCCCAUCGUCUAGUGUUCGUUCAAGCGAUGACAAGGGCAAGAGAAAACGGCCCGAUUCGCCCUCUCAAGAUCCAACUUCUAAGAAGUCCAGGGAUAGGAAACUCCCCCAGAGGCAGUCAGUCGGGAUCGACUCAAUCAAGGUAAGACGAUUUGCGACUGCCAGCAUUCCUCAAAUUUACCCCAGGAAGCAGGAAAAUGAUCAUUCCCUAGAUCAUGGCAAAACGUCCCCUAAGAAGAUUUUGUCUCAAUAUCAACAGGUCUCCGGGAAGCCUCAUGGUGCGUCACCGUGGGCUAGUGAGACAAGUACGGCCGAUUAUCUUGAUCGCACGUUCGAUGACCAGGGCAACUUCAAGAACUUUCUACGUGACUCUCGUGAUGAGGCAGAGCUUGCCAUGUAUCUUGGUCUAGAGCACAAACACGACCUCAGACAUUUCGCUUUGUCCUGGCCUGUCAUCAAGACCUGGAUCAAGGCACCACAUAAGCAGACUGUCUCACUAAAAGUUGAGAUAAAUCAUCUCAUCCAGGAUGGUAAAGAAUUAUCCUGCAUCGAGAAUCCUCACGAAAUUUGGCCGCAACGCCCCCGAGAGUCAGAGGACCAUGCUUCAUUGAGAACUAUACAUAUCAUGGCAUGGUAUCUGAUACGGAUGUCUAAGGAUAUAGAGGAGUACACCAUGUCCAGUGAUAUGCAUAAUUUUCACCUGACACGAAGAUAUCGCGGUGAACUAAGCGCGAUGUUGGACCUCGAUAUCCCGCUAGAUAAUGUUAGCCACCCGCGUCCCCAACUUACAUCGUGGAGGAACGACCUAAACGAGCGGCUUGAUCGCUGCUGGGCAAUCUUGGGUUAUGUUUCAUGGAUUCCCUAUAUGAAGUCUUGGGAAAAGGCCCUGGGCUUUUUCGUCUCUUCGAAAAACCAGGCUAUCAUAUACGAUAGCAAGAUGCCGACAGAGACAAUCCCAAGACCCAAUCACCUUGGGCUCGCUCAACAAUGCUCCUCAUUAUCCGUAGAGAAAAGGACCCAGUCUCUUCCUCCAAUUCAGGUGAAGGUAAACUGGGACAGGGACCGAAACUUACGCAAGAGCAUAAAUUUGUGCCACGUUCUCACGGGUAUCGCCCACGACGGGAAAGUGCUACCCCGAACAGAUCAGAUGAUGACACAAGAUCCCCGAUUAUGCAGGACAGGUGCUUCAUUCCGGGACAUCAUUCGACAUAUGAUGUCUUGUGGUGGGUAUGGAUUGAACUUGGAUGACCUGAUCUUGUCGUAUCGGGUGGAGACAGAUAACUGCUAUUAUCAGAUUAAUGCUUUCCGAUCCCAGUGGAAGAUACUACAUGGGGUAUUUUCAGACCGGGAUAAUUCGGACUUUGUGAUUCAGGUGCUUCUGGAGGUUCAUGAUUACCGGAAUGGCGAGAUCUAUGAAACAACUGAGCUACCACCGGUGUAUUGA